AUGUUAGUUCGCCAAGAUGUCAAAGGUAGUUAUGACAAUAAUGGACAUAUUCAACAGUCAACUUCAACACCACAACACCAAUUUUAUAAACAAAAUAUUUCAUUUUCACAAUUAGGUGCUAAUCCUAAUAAAGGAAUUAGCACCAGCAAAAUCCUCGAAGAACGAGGAGAAAAAAUUAAUCCCAAUAUUUUUAAAUUAGAAAAUAGCAAAAGUAUCCAAGAUUAUUUAGAAAAAGAAAAGAUUACUUAUGAGAUUUACGAAAAGAAAGGAAAAAGAUUAGAUGAAUUUACUCAGACAUUGGGAGUUAGUCGUAGAAUACCUCGUGAGUUGCGUAAAGCCUAUCGGCGGUUAAUUGAGGCUCGUGAAGACUACAAUAGAAAUAAUAUUGCUGCGGCAGAGGAUGAUAUUGAAGUGAUUAAAGAUGAAUUGCUAGAAGGAGAUAGAAGGUUAAGAACGGAAGAUGUUCAAAAACUUUGUAGAACUUUGCUGGUUGAUAUUUUAAAAUACGUCCAGCAAUUAAAAGAGGAAAAUACUGAAUUAAAACAACAAUUACAAGCCCAAGCAGAGAUUGCUCCGAAGCAAAAGACAUUCAUUCAGCAAACAAUCGCAAGAAAAUUAACAAUUACUCCCCCUCUCCCGCAGGAAAAGAGAAAACAAAACAAUUCUAAUUCUCAGAAAAAAACUGAGAACAAAAGAAAAACUUUUCAAGAAGCAAAAAGGAAAAUUUACUAUAAAUUUCUCUGUAAAUGCGGAACAGGAUUUAAUGAUUUUCCGGAAAUGGAUUUGAACGAGGAAUUAAAUUUUAUUGAAGUUUAUCUUGCCAGUGCGGUCAUAAAUUUUCUUCCUCCUUGUUUUGCUGAAUUUGAUAAUGAAAGAGAUAGUGAAAAAGUGCUAGAAGGUCAUAGAGAAGAACUUUGUGAAAAAUGUAAAUUAUUAGGUAGACAUUGCGGUAGUGAAUUAGAUCAACAAGAACAGAUUAGUCAGAUCGGUUAUGUUCCACCAUUUAGGAAAUGUAACGCUAAAACAAACAAAGAUAAACAACUUUCUGAUAAAAAAGAAAAAUAUCUAAAAAAUUAUCCUCUACAUUACGCAGUUUCCCGAGGUGAUCUAGACAAAACAAAAGAGAUUUUACAGAGCAAAACAGUCGAAAUUGAAUCCAGAGACCACAAUGAUUUUACUCCUUUACAUAUUGCGGCUGGACAAGAAAAAUACGACCUAGUCAUUGAACUUCUAAAACAUGGUGCUGACCCAAAUGCACAUGAUGAUGAGGGUAGCACCCCCCUCCAUUUUGCUGCCGAAGGAAAUAAUUUGAGACUCCUCAAAUGCUUAGUGAAAAAUAAUGUAUCUUCCGGAAUAGUUAAUGAAGUAGAUCCUGAUUCUCGGGAGGCAAGCCAAGGAAAAAUUAAGAACAUUUUGCGGGAACGCGGUUCUUCUUAUGUUGCCCGGUAUGAAAAAUUACUAGAAAGAGUUCAGCAAGAGGAAAAUUUUAAUCAACAGUCCAUAUUGCCAGAAGAAGCAAUUGAGUCAGUAAAUCAAGGAGAUAUUGAUUCCUUAACCAAAAUCCUGACUGCCCGACCGGAAAUAAUUAACCAUAAAGAUGAAGACAAUAACUCUCUUUUACAUUACGCUGUGAUAAAAGACAAAAAAGAGAUAGUUAAAUUGUUGCUGGAAAAGGGAAUUAAUAUAGAAAGUAGAGAUUACUUUGCUAGUACUCCUUUACAUAUAACUGCCCGCAAUGCUAAUUUAGAGUUGGCCAAGUUAUUGGUGGAAAGUGGGGCUAAUGUUAAAGGUGUCCCUACCGAAAUAGUUACUGAAGGAGGCUAUUCUGUAAGUGAUGUUUUUCGCCUUAGGGAUGGUUCUUAUGCGGACAUUUAUGAGAAGAUAAAGGAAAGAAUUAGCGAAACAGGAACUAAAAAGGAAAAAAACGCGGAGGAAAAAAAGAAAUUAGAGGAAGAAAUAAAAAAAGACCUCAAUUCUCUACUGCCCGAGGAAGGAAGUGUUGAUUAUGAACUAAUAAAGUCUUUACUUGAAACAAUGGCUCUAAAUCAAAAGCAAUUAGUCAAAAGUUAUGAUGAAUUAACAAGAGCAAAUCUCAAUCUCAUUAAGGAACUGGCCUUUAGCAAAAACCUCGAAAAAGAAAAAAUAGAAAAUUUUUGCCAAAAAGUCGCCCAAUUGGCUGAGAUUGCCUUAAAAGAAAAUAACAUAGAGUUUGUUGAAGAGCAAGGGAAG